GAAAAGCUGUGACCACGGAGCUUCCCCCACCGCACGCGUUCAACCACUGCUGUUCCUUUGACGUCGCGCCUGAGCAAGCAAGCCGCACUAGGGCCUGAAGAGCGCACCCAUCGUGCUCACCGGAUCCAAGCGGUUACAAAAUAUAGAUGGGUAUCGCCAUGACUUCAACUUUACUCUGCAGCCUGUCCCUUCUGCUGGCCUGCAGGCUGGCUUUGACUUUCAGUCACAGUGCUAGGAGCCCAGACAGAGUUUCUGAAGCUGACAUCCAAAGACUUCUGCAUGGUGUGAUGGAACAGUUGGGCAUUGCAAGACCCAGAGUGGAAUAUCCAGCUCAUCAAGCAAUGAAUCUCAUAGGUCCACAAAAUAUUGAAGGUGGUGCCCAUGAAGGUUUGCAGCAUUUGGGUCCUUAUGGAAAUAUUCCAAACAUUGUUGCUGAGUUGACAGGUGAUAAUAUACCAAAGGAUUUCAGUGAAGAUCAAGGAUAUCCAGAUCCUCCAAACCCGUGCCCAAUUGGAAAAACAGUUGAUGAUGGAUGUCUUGAAAACACACCCGACACAGCAGAGUUCAGCAAAGACUACCAACUUCAUCAGCAUCUUUUUGAUCCAGAACAUGACUACCCGAACUUAAGCAAAUUGAAUAAGAAUUUACUCUUUGAGAAAAUGAAGGGUGAACCGAAAAGAAAGAAAAGGAAUGUAAAUCCAUAUCUUCAAGGACAAAGAUUGGACAACGUUGUGGCAAAGAAAUCUGUUCCACGUUUUUCAGAUGAAGAAAAAGACAGAGCAGAAACUGAAUGAAGAUUCAUGGAUGGCUCGAGUAUUAAUUAUAUAAAAAGUUAUUCAAAUAUUAGUAGCUGCAUGUUUAUUACCUAUAUAAAUCUUUCUGGAAACCAGUUUGAUUUAUAGUUACUUAUAAUAUUUCUUUUUCUGCAUCUACACCAAGGUGGUUCCUUUCAGAUGUGUUGGGCAAUGAUUCCCAGAAUUAUUGCGAUGCCAAUGGGAGGUAUAAUCUAGUAUAUCUGCUUUUAGAUUUGGGUGGCUGUCCCAGGUAUACAACUAUUCGAUUCUACUUCUUGUUAUAAUAACAUAAUCAUCAACAUAAUCAUGUCUUGCUUUGAAUCUGACUUUAAGCAUUAAUAAAUUUUAAUCAUUGUGAUUUAAACUGGUGUUAAGAAAUGAGUCUUUAAAGAGUUGGUAACAUUUAAAGAUUAUUCAGUUGUUGAAUAUUUUCACCUGAUAUAAAAGAUUGCUGUUUGGGAA